AUGGCCAAGGACAAGGACGAGCUGGUCGCCAAGAAGGCGCGCCGCGAAGAGCAUCUGCGGACGAUCUAUGCGACCCUUGAAGCCAUUGUGCCCACGUACGAGGCUGCGAUUGCGACGCUCGAAGCUGCCGUCGCGAGCAACCGGACGCCCCGCGGCGUCGAGCAAUGGUUCUUCCUGUACCUGCGCAUUGUCGACGUGGGCGUGCAGAUUCGGCGAGGCGAGCUUCGCCAUCGCAGCACCACCCACGCCAAGUACAAGUCGCUGACCAAGACCGUGCACGCCAACGCGACAACCAACGGUCUUGGCAUUGACGACGCCAAUGUGCUCAUCAACGACCUCGAGAAGAUCCAUCGCCAGCUCAAGAAGCGCAAGCCAAUGCAGCUUGAUAUGCUCGAAUCGCAGUUUGACAUCCUCGACCGCGAUACCAUCGGGCCGCUCGACAAGCGUGUUUUUGAGUGCAAGCGGUCCAUGGAAAGUAGGCGCAGCGUGCAUUACUCGAGCUGUGCAAUCGUCGUCCACGGCGACCUCCACGUCGAGCUCGUCAUCAAGGACGGGACUGACAUCAUCCUCACAAGCCGUCGCAUCUGCACGUCGAUGGCGGUCUGCGUCUGCACCGAAGACGCCGAACCGUGGCGAGGCUUUACCAUCACCGAGAGUGCGCCACCGGCCAAGAAGCCGAUGCUGCGGCCCGUCACAGAAGAGCCGAAUGACGCGCCGAGUCUCAACGACCUCAAAAAGAGCUUUGGUGUCGACGUCGACGAGCGUGAGCGCACGACAGAAGCCUUCCACAACGAAGCGCUGGGGCUUCCGCCCGUGGAGAGCGCACCGAGUCUUCCCGAUAGCCGAACCAAGCGCCGGUGCUUGCCGCUCCAGCAAGCCGUCCAGAAAGAGGUCGCGUCGGCGCUGGAUGCGUAUUCGCAGUCGACGGUGCAUGCGAUUCUAGCGGCACUCAAACCAGUGGGCCCCCCCAUAUCAAAUGGGAGUGUGCCCUGCGCCGUGUACUUCAACCUCAUUGAGUGGAGUCAUGCGUCGAGUACUAGCGUCGACAAGGUCACGAUGGUCGCCAACAUUGCUUCGUCAGCAAACCUCCAUGUGGCCAAGUGGGUCAUGCAGGACAUGGCGCUACCCGUGGCCGAGGCUUCCUCGCUCAUCACGCAUCUCGCCCAAAACGCAGGCUUCCGGCACGUCAUCGAGCUCGCCCUGCGUGGGCUCAUGACGCCAUACACUGUCUUCUCCGGCCUCUUGGCGUCGACCGCAACACUCCCUUUGCUCGAGAGCCUCGAUCUCUCGUACAACAGCUUGCAGUCGCAAGGGCCGGCGCUCGCGGCGGUGCUCAAGCUCUGCCCACGCCUCCGCAGCCUCCAUCUCGAACAAUGUCGACUGGACGGUCUCGAAUCAGAUCUGCUGCAGGGACUGGAAGACAGUGGCGGACUCCUCGAGACACUGGUCCUCGCCGAUAAUGCGCUCACCGCGCGCUUUGUCGGUGGUCUAUUUGGCUCGCUCUCGACGCCCUUACUGCACACGUUGGACCUGCGCCACGUCCAGUGCCUUGGUGCCAGCCAACCAGCUGCCUUUGCGUAUCAGUCGUUGCCAGCGCUCCAGCACCUCAUGCUCGAUGCAUCGACGCUCCUGCAGGACGCGUCGUUCGUAAGCAGCCUCAACUCGGCCUUGCUUGACGAGUCGUGCGUGCUACGGACGCUGUCGCUGCAGUGCACGUCGCCGCCUCUGGACGCCAUGGUCGAGCUCCUCGGCCACGUGACGCACUACGGACAGCUCGAGCGCUUGUCACUCGUGGGCAUCCCGUCCCUGCCGCCGCUCCACUCGCUCGUGUGCGCAGGCCUCGCCAAGUGCGCGGAGCUCGAUCUCACCCUCGACCUGGCGGCGCUGCAGCCGUUUGUGGCAUCGCUAUCGGCGGCACGGCUGCCAGCGCUCAAGUACCUCCGCGUACGCAUCUCGUCGCCGACGUCGCCCGAGGCCAUCGAGCGCCUCCGCGGCGACGUGCUGCUGCACGUGCCGGCCAUCAAGACCAUCGAGAUGACGUCGCGGGCCGAUGCAUACGCGCAGUGGGGCAUGAUGAAACGAAGUCGAGACCGGGAGAUGAGAAGCUGGAGUCCGCCCGAGCACUGGGAAGACGUGGCCAAGGUGGGCGGGCGCAUCGCCACCGGCCGCUUCGGCCACCUUGUCUGCGCCCGCGUACCGCUUGAUGCCAAGUACGCCGUUGACGGCGACGAGAGCUGGACGCCGCUCGAGCUCCUCGAUACGUGCUUUGGCCAAGGCCUCUCGGUGCACAUGGUCAUCGACCUCACGAAUACGUACAAGUACUACAGCGGCGCGAACGAGCUCGAGACGCGCAACGUCGAGUACGUCAAGAUGCGCGUCGAGGGCUUUGCCGACGUUCCGUCCGAAGACAUCGUCGACCGCUUCAUUGACGUUGUGUCGCGAUGGGAAGCGUCGUUGGCGCGAUAUGCCCCGGACGACUUGGCACCCGUCGCUGUCGUGCACUGCACGCAUGGCCUCAACCGUACGGGCUACCUCGUCGUGCGCUACCUCAUGGCGACACAAGGCCUCUCGGUCAAGGACGCGCUCCGCACGUUCGCGGCCGCGCGCCCACCCGGGCUCAUCAAGCACAUGUACGUCCAGAAGCUCUUUGAGAUGUUCGACCAAGUCGACGAGCUCGAGCUGCCCGUGCUGCCGUUGUGGGCGCAGACCAAGUACGACCGGUCCCAAGAUCAACUCGCGAGCGCAGACAUCUUCAAAGCCACCGAAGACGACCGCGAUGUACACGAAAAGGUCCGGGACCGCGAGAAGCGCCGCCACGACCGCCGCAGUCCGCCAAAGCUGCGGCGAAUGCCGGAAAACUGGCGCCACGCGCCCAAGAUCGGGACGCUCAUCGCGCACACAAAUGUGGUCGCCAUGCGCACGCUGCUCAGCGCCGACUACAGCGUGCCGCCCAGCGAGACGUGGACGCCCGAAGCGUUUGUCGCGGCCCAAGCGGCCGCCGGCCUCAACGUGCAGCUCGUGAUCGACCUCACGAAUACGACUAAGUACUACGACGACAUUCCGGGUGUCCGGCACGAGAAGCUCGUCUGCGAAGGCUUCCACGCCGCGCCGACGACUGCGAUCGUCGAUGCGUUCAUUGCGCUCGUCACACAGUUCGACGCGUCGCCGUCAUCAUCUGGCGGUCACAUUGCUGUGCACUGCACGCAUGGCUUAAACCGCACCGGGUACCUCAUCAUCCACUACCUUGUCCGCGUCAAGGGUCUGUCGCUCGUCGAUGCGCUCGCCGCCUUUGCCGAUGCACGGCCGCCCGGGCUCCUCAAGCCGUCGUACAUUGAAGCGCUCUUUGAGAUGUAUGCACCCAACGACGUCGUGACGUACCCGACGUCCCUGCCAGCGUGGGCACUCGCCAAGUACAGCAAGGAGCAUAACUCAACCAAGAAGGGCCAGAAGAAGAAGACCAAGAACAUGCAUGUGACCGAGGCCAAGGCAGCGACUCAUGCACGCAAGCCGCCGCCGAUGCAGUGGUACAACGUCCCGAACGCCGGCGCGCCGAUCCUGUCGCGGGGCGCUGUCACGUUUGUCCCGCUCAAGACGAUGCUGGACGAUCGCUAUGACAUUGGGGCACAGGACUGGACGCCGAGUGCGUUUGAAGCCUGGAACGCAAAUGAGAACCUCGAUGCCAUCAUCUCGAUGGACGGCCUCGGCUUCUUCUAUGACCCGGCGCAGCUCUCGGUGCCAGUGUUCGAAGUCCGGCUCUUGAACAAGUCAUUCCCAAACCCGCCUCUGAUUGCGAGCUUCUACAAUGCAAUCGCGAUGCUCCAAGAGCAACACACGGAGACGACGCGAGUGCGCAUCGGGCUCCAGUGCGCGACCAUGUCCCGCGCGGCGUUCUUCCUCUUGCACUACCUCAUGACACAAGACAAGUUGUCGCUGGAUGACGCGAUGGCCCUCUACUCGGAUGCGUACCCGCCAGCGCCGCUCCUCAACAGUCUGCACCGGCACUUGCGCAAGCUUGAUACCGGCGCACGUCCCAUGGCCAAGAAGAUUGUGUUUGAGAGUGACGAGUCGGACGUCGACGAGCCGUUUGGCAGCCAUGUCGAGACGACCCAGCCCUCGAGCUAA